GAGAAAUUGAAAAUAUUACUUUCAGAAAACGUUUUCCUUGAUUUAUGCUGUAGAUAUUUCACGUAUAUUUUGAAAACAAUGAAUUUAACAGAUGCGACAAAUUCAAGUCAAUCAUUGGAAUUGUCUAACGUAAUCACUGUGUUAGAUAGCACACAAGAUUCACGUGUAGAAAAUGUAUUCAAUGUAACAUCAUGCAUUAUUAUCACAUUUAUGUUUGCUUUGAUUGUGAUAUUUUCAAUAGUUGGAAAUAUAUUAGUUAUGUGGAUUAUAUUAAAUAAUCGUAGAAUGCGUACUGUGACUAAUUGUUUUUUAUUUAAUCUAUCCGCAGCUGAUUUAUUGACUGUAUUUCAAAUUAUUCCAAAUGUUUAUUAUGUAUUACAAAAUGAUUGGAUAUUUGGUAUUGCUUAUUGUAAAUUUUCACAAUUUUUUACAUCAUUCAAUAUAGCUAUUAGUGUAUUCACAUUUAUUGCCAUUUCAUCUGAUAGAUAUACUGCAAUCAUGUUUCCACUUCGUCCACGUUCAAAACUAACAACAGUUAUUUGUGCAAUUGCAGCUAUUUGGUUAAUUUCGUUUGCGAUCGGAUUGCCUGGUCUAAUUGUAGCUACAGUUUUUCCGAAAAAUUUGUCAAAUUUACAAAAUAAAGCAAAUAUUACAGAUCCGAUUGCUGUGCUGAAACAGAUCACAGCCAAUUCACCUGGUCAAUACAUUUCAAAUGACUGUAUUCUAAACUGGUCAUCAGAAUGGUCUGAAGCAUACGAUUAUACACUAUUUGUAUUAAUGUAUGUUCUGCCUCUUAUUAUACUUGCCACCACUUAUAUUCCAAUAUCAAUUCAUUUAUGGUUUCAUAGAGGACUUGGUGAAGUCACUAGGGCACAAGCACAAAAUGUCCAAUCUAAAAGACGAGCAGUGAAAAUGCUAUGUGCAGUUAUGUUGAUAUUUGCAAUCUGUUGGCUUCCAUAUCAAUUAUUUUUCAUUAUAUUACAAUUAAGUCCAACUGUAAAAAGUAGUCCAAGUUUACCGAUUGUAUUUAUUUGUUGUUAUUGGUUAGCAAUGAGUAAUUCAAUGUACAAUCCAAUUAUUUAUGUUUUAAUGAAUAAAAAAUUCCGUAAAGGAUUUUAUACAGCAUUUUCAUGUUUCCCAUAUUGUCGUGAAUACAUGAAAAAUGACAGAAAAAUGAAAUCGAAUGCAACAUCAAUUCAUACAUUACAACUUUGAAUUGAAAUAUAUAUAUAUAUAUAUUCUUCUUCAUAGAGUUAUGCAGUACAGUACUUCAUCUCAGCAAAAUAAUUAUGCAUGACGAUGACCUAAUAAUCGACCAUAUUGGAUUCUGUUUUAAGAUGGCUCAAAAUUCAUGCAAAAUUAUGAUGAGAUUAAAAACAUAGUGAGCGGACUAAUUCUGUUGUGAAUUAUAAUUAAAAAAAAUUGAUACUGAAAGACAAGUUAGUUAAUCACUGACUCUGCAUAAACACUUGGAUGAAAUGAAGCAUCAUCAUAUUGUAUAGUUCCAAUAAUUGUUUAUUAGAAAAUCCGUUUUUUUUUUCACUUGUAUUUCUAACUAUGAUCAUUAAAU